UCCUUUUUUAGUUUAAAGGCAUUCAUACCUUGACUUAAUAUACAAUUCACAAUGCAAAAUACUAAUCAAAUACCAGAAUCUAGAAAACGUAAACCAGCCAAAACAUAUGAAAAAUCAUCUUUUGUUGAUAUAUAUAAAGGAUUCCAGACCUUACUGAAAGGUGAAUUUUUUUGUGAUGUAAAAUUGAAAACGGACGAUAAAAAAAUAAUAACUGCACAUAAAGUGAUUUUAUCAGCAGCUAGUCCGUAUUUCCGUGCAAUUUUCACAAAUCGUGCAGGAAGAAAUCAUGAUCUUGUGGCUAUAAGAAAUGUAGAUUAUACCGCUUUACAGCUUUUAAUAAAUUUUAUUUAUUCGGGUAAAAUCGUGGUUACUAGUGAAAACGUCCAGAACUUGUUAUCAGCUGUAGAUAUGUUGGAGUUGCAAGAAGUAAAUGAAGUAUGUUGUGAUUUCUUACAGUCACAACUCUGCCCCACAAAUUGUAUUGGUAUUAACGCUAUUGCUGAUUUACAUGGCUGUACGAAAUUGAGAAAAAGAUCAGAAUUAUAUAUUCUUCAACACUUUUCAGAUGUAAUUGGUGGUGACGAAUUCCUAUCCUCAUCAUUCGAACAAGUAAUACAUUUGAUAUCCAGUGACAAACUUAUAGUUCCAUCUGAAGAAAAAGUUUUUGAAAGCGUAAUUACCUGGGUAAAACAUGAUUCGAAAUCAAGAGAAUGUAUUUUACCCCGAUUAAUGGAACAUGUACGUUUAGCAUUAACAUCAAAUGAUUACAUAAAAAAAAAAGUAGCUAAGGAUACCCUUAUAAAGAAUUGUCUUGAAUGUAAACGAUACGUAUUUGAGGCAUUAAAAACACUCAAAGGAGAAGAGCUUAUCCCACAAAGCAUAAGAAAUAGACCAAGGCAUGGAGAUAAGGUUAUAUUAGUUGUUGGUGGAAUUCAGACUGGAUUAAGUAAAACUUUAGAAUAUUUCGAUCCAAUGACAGAAAAAUGGCAUUUUGGCCCGGAAUUAUUUACCAAUCAUAGACGACAUAGUCUAGUCGUAAUUAAAGACAAUUUGGUAUUUGAUGUGGGUGGUUAUGAAAUUGGUUUAUCACCUUUUCGGUGUGUUCACAUGCUAGAUAUAACUGAAAAUCCACCACAUUGGCAACUAACUGACGACCUGUUAGUUGAACGACAAUUUUUAGGUGUUGGUGUAAUAAAUGAUAAUAUCUAUGCUGUAGGCGGAUCAAAUGAUAGAUAUGAAGAUUUAAAAAGUGCCGAAGUUUUUGACUUCAAUACUAAAAAAUGGCGAAUGAUAUCCAGUAUGAAUACUUUGAGAUCUCUAUUUACGGUUGGAGUCCUGAAUGAUCUUUUAUAUGUGGUAGGAGGUUUUGAUCAAUCAUUACAGGCUUUAAACACUGUUGAGUGUUAUAAUCCCAGUACUAAUAUGUGGACACCAGUCGCAAACAUGCGUGAACGCCGCAGUUGUGCUGGUGUAGGAGUUUUAAAUGGUGAACUAUAUGUUGUAAGCGGUCGUAAUGGAUCAGACUUUUUGAGUAGUGUUGAAAAAUACAGGCCAAGUACAGGAGUUUGGACAACUAUUGCAGACAUACAUUUACCUCGAAAAUAUGCAGAUGUAGUCGCAUUAAAUGGUUUAUUGUAUGUCGUUGGUGGAAUGAAUCAAACUUCUGGUUUGAAUUCUGUAGAAUGUUACAACCCAAACACCAAUACCUGGGCCAUGGUCACUGCAAAAAUGAAUAUAGAUCGCUGUUUACCUGGAGUAGUAGUCAUUAAUAGGCCAAAACAUUUUACAACUUGUUAGCAUUCAUGAUUUUUUAUUUUUUUUUUUGGUACGAUAUACAAAUGUUUUAAUAUUUUGCAUUAUAGUAUCUUACAUUAUGUAUAGCAUUUACAAUACAUGCAUUUUUUUAAUUUUACAAA